GAAAUACGCAUAAAUAAGUCUUUUUAUUUUUUUCGCUUUAAUAAUAAUGAAACAUUCUUGGGAGCAAAUUAGAAAUCAAGUUAGACAGUUUCGAAAUAAUUUACAAAGCCUUUACCCUAUACAAGUAUUAGCCACUGUAAAGGACUUUGUUAUACAUAAUAACACAUUAUAUUUUCUAUCAAAUACCUGUUAUCCAACCAUUGAUUUAUGCCCCACUCGAAAUUUAUUUUUAUAUGAAAUUAAUCUUGACCAAAUUGAUCAGUUAACAAUUGAUGAGUCAACCUUAAAUUCAAUUUUCUCUAAUAAAAACAAUAAUACAAAAGAAUACCUAAAGUUAGUAAAUAAACUUCCUUUAUUAGACAGAUCUUUAAUAUUCAAAGAAUAUACUUCGCUUUUCAAGAAAGAAAAUGAUGACACAUCUUAUUUUUAUCAACUAUUGCAAAUACAAGGGAUGACUCAAUUCGAAAUUAAGGAAGAUGUCAUCUUGUUUACUUUUCGUGAUGACAUAUUUGUUGCCAAAAUAGGAAAGGUAAUGAAGUGAAAUCUGCAUGCGUUAUAACAUAAUAUCCAUUUCUUUUUUUAAUUAGUUACCAAAAUUAAUACCACAAAAUAUAU